AUGCUGCAAGGCCCUGGUGCAUUCCUUGAGACGUCCGAUCUUGCUGAAAGGCCCAUUAAUGGGAUUCUGGUACCAUUCUGGAUGGCGAAGAAACAGCAGCAAGGUGUCCCACUUGAUCAACCAUGCAUUCUGCAGCUCGAUUGCUGGGUAAUUCAUCGCUCUAUCGCAUUUCGCACCUGGCUUGAUGUCAACCACCCUUGGAUCCAUUAUUGUUUUGUCCCUGCCGGUACAACUGGUGUUGCACAGCCCUGCGACGUCGGCAUUCAACGAUCCCUCAAACUGGCUAUAAAGGAGCUGCAGCACAAAGAUAUUGUUUCAGAAACUCUAUCACAACUCACGGCUGGAAAGACCCCAGAUGACCUUCGACUUGACGUGACAAAACCAACGCUCCGUGAUCGGCGAUCGCUCUGUGCGGUGGUUCAUCGAGGCCUUCAAGCUCCUCAACAAGCCUGGCAUCAUACAAAAGCUGGUGCAGACAACAUGUUCAACCUGUCAUUUGAGAGUCUGACAAGUCUUGAAGCCCGUCGCAUGCUUCGUGACUUGCCACAAACUGCUCCAGACAUGUGGGAGUGCAUCCAACUACGUCGUCAGCCUGCUAGCGAAGAUGCGGAGGCUGUCACUCAAGACACGGAGGUUGUUACUGAGUCAGUACCUGAAGAUAAUGAAGAGGAACCAGGUGACGAUGCUCCGUUAGAGCUCCUCUUGCAGUUUGUUGCAUCUGGCAUGAAGUGUGCACCUGAUGGGUACAGGAUUGAUGUAGAUGGGUCGCUGGUUGUUGACUCUGCCGGUGAUACAUUCGAGGAGGUUCAAGUUGCCAUUUCUACGGACCCUGAUACUACAUUUGGGAGGGGAAAGCGCAGACAUGUUGCAAACAAGCAAUAUGAUGUGUUUGAGGAGCACUAA